CACUCACUCACUCGGUCACUAGUAGUAGAGUUACUUGGUAGCAUAAAAUGAAGAGAAGAAGAAGAAAGUGACAUUUGCAUUUGCAAAUUGAAAAGCAACAAUUUAACGGCUCUUCUCCAAAACCUUCUUCUGUUACUUUUCCCCCUUUCAUCUCUCACCGACAACAACAACAACAACAUUUUCCGUCGCCGUCGCCGAUCUUCCACCGCCACCGCCACCGCCAGAUUCACCUCAUCUCGGAUACAGAAUGAUAGGAUCCUUUCUUACCUGGGCGCUUGUGAGUGUUUUUGGCUAUGCCUAUCCAGCGUAUGAAUGCUAUAAAGUAGUUGAAAAGAAUAAGCCAGAAAUUGAACAACUUCGAUUUUGGUGCCAGUAUUGGAUUUUGGUUGCUGUUAUGACAGUGUGUGAGAGAUUUGGAGAUACUUUUGUAUCAUGGGUCCCAAUGUAUUGUGAAGCUAAGUUGGCAUUUUUCAUAUUUUUGUGGUACCCCAAAACAAAGGGAACAACAUAUGUAUAUGAUUCCUUCUUUAGACCAUAUGUUGCAAAACAUGAGCCAGAAAUUGAUCGGAGCUUGUCGGAACUAAGGACAAGGGCGGGAGAUUAUGUAGUUGUGUAUUCUCAAAGAGCUGUUAGUUAUGGUCAGACUAGAAUAUAUGACAUUUUGAAGUUUGUUUCAGCACAAUCAACACCAGCACCUCAUCCCGCUCAGCAACGACCGGGACCGGGUGUGAGAGUUCGUAAACCUGCACCUGCCAAGGGCCAACCAGCCACUGCUACAGAACCACAAGUUGAAGAACCCCCAUCUCCUGCCUCUAGCACAACUUCAAGUCAGUUCCAAAAGGAAGUAAAAGAGGAGUUACUGGAUUCUCCACAAGCUCCUAAAGUAGCCCCUCCUGUUGCAGGUUUAAACAAACAGAAAUCCUCUGUAGCUGCUUUAAAUAACCAGAAGCCUCCAGUAGCUUCUUUAAAUAACCAGAAGCCUCCAGUAGCUUCUUUAAAUAACCAGAAGCCUCCUGUAGCUGGUUUAACUACUCAAAAAUCUUCUGCAGCAGUUUUAAUUACCCAGAAGUCUAAUCCUUCAUCUGAAACAAUUAUCAUAUCUUCGUCAUCAACAGAGUCAAACCCAAAGAAUAUUGAAUCAACAGCAACAUCCUCCUCUUCAGCAACUGAAAAUGGAAAAUCUCUUGUAAAGGAGGAGACCAGAAUGGAAGAAAGUAUUCGGGUUACACGGGGAAGACUAAGAAAAACCAGAUCAGUAGGAACCCAGUAGCACAAAAUUGUCGAUGUUUAGCCGGAAAUAGGGUAGUUGGAACAUUUUAAAGCGUUAUGUAACGGUUUCGGAUUUGUUGCUUCAUUUUAUUUCUUUUUCUUUUAAUAUGAAUUUGUCUAGGCACGGAAUCGUAGUAGCUUGAUGCCACUUUUUUAUGGAAUCAUAUUAUGAUGGGAUGGAUAUUUGCAUCGGCUCCUCUGUAUAGCAGGUCUUCACGAUUAAGUGUAACAGACAGUAUUAACUUGUUUUCAGAAACUUUAGUUGGUUAACAAUAACAUUUUAAAUUUAAAUUCUA